ACAUUAAACUGCAUUUUUAUUAAUUUUAUAAAUUACUAAAUAAAAAUGUUGCCCAUUGCGCGAGGCAUAUACAAUGCCUUGGCUAGCAUAACACGCAGCAGCCGAGGAGCUGCUUUGCAUACAGCCAGCGUCUUCAGAAGCAAGGCAGAAACAGCCGCAGCAAGCGAAAACGAAGCAGAGGCUGCCGACGGCGAGGAGGAGCCAAAGAGUUCAGCCCCGGACCCGAAAGAUCGCACCCAAGUGAUUCCCGUGGAGACGUCAAUGCGUUAUCUGAAGAGUGCCGCCUAUAAGAAGACCUAUGGCGAGGACUACGUGUGGACUCAAUACCGGCGCAACCACAAGGGCAUGUAUGCGCCGCGAAAGACACGAAAGACCUGCAUUCGCCAGGGCAAGAUCUCCACCGGCAAUCCCUGUCCAAUUUGCCGGGAUGAGUAUCUGGUGCUGGACUACCGCAACACGGAACUGCUGGAGCAGUUCAUAUCGCCGCACAGCGGAGAUGUGCUCAGCUACUCGCAGACGGGUCUCUGCCAGAAGAGUCAUUUGCGGUUGAGGGUGGCAGUGGAGCAGGCACGCGAUUCUGGCCUUAUUACCUACGAUGUACCAUUCAGAGAGUACGACUACAACGAGUACUAUGGCCAGCAGAAGUCUUAAUGUUAGUUAAUCAUGUUUAAUAAACAAUUGUU